AUGCGGUUUCUUUGUCUUCAUGGGGCCAUUAAUAAUGUUGAAAUUAUGAUGGUUCAGCUAGCACCACUGCAAAAAAUCCUCAAGUGCGACAACACUGCUUCAUUUUACUACAUAAAUGGACUAGUCCCUGUCACACCCCCCAGCGGGUUCGACAAGUAUUUCGGCUUCGGUCCGCAUUACCGCUGGGUUGAUGAUGGUGGUGUAGCGGAGGAGUCCCUUAUUAGUCGCGUUCGCGAUAUACCCCUGGGCGAUAACGCGGAAGACGUGAUACGAGGUCUGAUUGCGGGAAGAGAAAACAAGGUGCACAACUACGAGGAAAUUAUGGACUACCUCCAGAAUGAACUGGAGAAAGACCCCGCGAUCGAAGGCCUAAUUGGGUACAGCGAGGGCGCUCGGAUUGCAGCAUCCUUCAUUUUGGAGGAACAGCGCAGAGAAAUAGAAGACGGCGGCUCUCGUCGUAUCAAGUGCGCCAUUUUCGCCAAUGGAUGGCCACCGAUUACCCGAGAGAGAGGCGUUGUCCUUUCAGACGAGGUGGAGGACAUGCUUGAUAUCCCUACCCUGCAUGUCAUUGGUUCAGAUGACCCUUUUAAGCACGGUUCCUAUGCUCUUUAUAACAUUUGUGAUCCCGACCACGCAGAGAUGUUCGACACUGGCAAGGGUCACAUUAUUCCGCGCUCAGGCCCGACAAUCGCCGAGCUAGGCGAAGCAGUACGAGAUCUGAUUGGGAAAGCGAAGUGCUCGGAGUAG